AUGGAGGAGGCAACUGAAGCGGCCUACUUUUCCCAGCAACCCCAGGACCAGGUAGUGGUCGCAGGCCAAUCGGUGACUCUUCCCUGUGUGAUUGUGGGAUAUCGAGGCAUGGUGCAGUGGACAAAAGACGGCCUGGCCCUGGGCGGCGAGAGAGAUUUGCCGGGCUGGGCGCGCUAUUCCCUGAUGGGUGAUCCGCUGCUAGGUGAACACAACCUGGUGAUCACGUUGGCGGAGCUGGCAGACGACGCUGUGUACGAGUGUCAGGCCACGCAGGCGGCGCUGCGGUCCCAUCGGGCUAAACUCACUGUGCUGGUGCCUCCAGGAGACCCCGUGGUGGAGGGGGGUCCAGUGGUACGACUGAAAGCCCACAAACCACACAACCUGACCUGCAGGGCCUCCGGAGCCAAACCUGCCGCUGAAAUCACCUGGUAUCGUGACGGAGAAAUGCAGCAUACUGCCGUCUACUCUAAGACUCUAAUGGAGGAUGGAAAGAGGGAGUUGGCAGUUAGCAUGUUGCCUUUGGUUCCGGAAGAUAAGGAUUCUGGCCGAACAUACACGUGUAGAGUGCUUAACUCCGCCGCGCCAGCUGGACGGCAAACGUCCGUCACAAUCAACGUCCAACAUCCACCAUCAGUGACUUUAUCAGUUCAGCCACAGACUGCGAUGGAAGGGGCCAAGGUCGUGUUCAUCUGCGCGGCCAGUGCUAAUCCUGAGAUCAUAAGCUAUAGGUGGUCCAAAGGCGGGGUUCCCAUCCCAGAAGCCAAUGGGGAUAGGCUGGAGGUGACGGUGGACCACUCAUACUUCACUGACCCUGUGUCCUGCGAGGUCUCCAACUCUGUGGGCAGUACCAACGUCAGCACGCUGGUGGACGUCCAAUUCGGGCCCAGACUGUUGUCAGAACCUAGGCCGUUGACAGUGGACAUUGGGAUGGAUGCUGCUUUCACCUGCUCCUGGACAGGCAACCCUCCCCUAACUCUAGCCUGGACCAAACAGGGUUCUAAUGUGGUACUCAGUAACGGUAACACACUUCAGCUGAAAGCCGUCACACAAGAGGAUGCUGGGACGUACACCUGCAAGGCCAUCGUUCCGAGGAUUGGCGUUGCGGAGAGGGACGUUACACUCACCGUCAACGGACCCCCUAUCGUGACGGCAGAAGCUACGCAGCAGGCCAUGAAGCAUUCUAAGGGUAAAGUGGAGUGUCGGGUUGGCAGCAGUCCACCUCCUGACAAGAUAGUGUGGACCUUUGGAAACGAAAGCCUAACGGCAGGGUCCUCAGGCCGUUUCUCAGUGAAGACGGUCAGCGGCGAGCACGGGGUCCUGUCGAUGCUCGUUUUGUCCGAGACCCUCCCUCAGGACUUUCAGCUACGUUACAACUGCACCGCCUGGAACCGCUUCGGAACCGGGACCACGUUGAUCACUCUUCAGGAGCAAGCGGGUAUGCCCAUGCUAAUCAUCGUCGGUGCAUCCGUGGGUGGAGGAUGCAUCUUAAUCAUUUGCAUCAUCACCUUAGUCUCCAUCUGCUGCCGUCACACUGACAAAGGUAAAAAGGGUACACGACUUUCCAAGAGUGACAUCCGCGUGCAAAUCGUGCACAGCGACCACAAGGCAAACUGUGACAAUGACGAGGAGGAUGUGAAAGAGCCGAUGGCUCCCAAUAGCAGCGAGUCUCCAGGGACAUCUCGCACGGAGCACAGUGAUCUGCUGGAGGAGGAAGAUGACGAGAGAACUGACAUCAAAGACCCUACCAAUGGCUACUACAACGUGCGUAGCCAUGACGACCGGCACAUUCGUAGCGGCUUCUCCGAGUAUGUGCCAAACACCCGUGCAGUCUACACUCCUUCGCAGCUUCCUUCGCAGAGUCCGCUGUACGUCCAGCACCCCGUCCAGCCGCGAAUCUACGACUUUGUGCACCGUUACGCCACCACCACCGGUUCCCACACCACCUACGAACAGCAGCAGCAACCGCAGCAGCAACAACCGCAGCAGCAGAGCCCCAACAUCUACCCAACCGAACCCCUCUACGGAGACUCCGCCUACUUACCUGCUACCUACGGCCGUGCCUUCACCAGCUACGUCAAGCCGGCCUCGUUCGAGAAAGUGGACGCCUACGAGCAUUCGGACCAGGCCAGCAAGUUGUCCAGCUCCUCGUGUUUCUCCUACGCGUCGUCCCAAGUGUCGUCGCAGCAGUCGGACUACGGGAGGCCUUCACAGCAGCGCAUGCAAACUCACGUGUGA